UCGGAUUAGGUGACUAUGGGUUAACGGAUCUCUCCGCCCUGCAUGGGACAAGUCUUCGGCGCAGUACUUUUACUUUCUGCUGAAAACGCUGUUUUACGUUGUUGUUGAUUUUUAAAGAAAAAUACCCAGACCCCAACUAGUCUUCUGUGUGCUCUCGAAAUAUAUAAGUUUGAAAAAGCGUGCUUUCGCUUUCGGAAGGAGAAACGGGAAAUUGAACUUCGAGGGACAUUUUUACUGGUCAUCUGUGCAACAUUGCAACAUCAUUUCAUCUGCGAAAAUGAUUAACGGUUUGAUUGAAUCAAGGCGUAACUUCUUCUUCUUUUUUUUUUUUUUUCCAAGCAGUGCAGUCUAUUUAAAAGCAAAGAUUUAAAAACUGUGUGCAUGUAGGCUGUCGUGGGCGAUAUAAGUGACUUUUUUGUUUGUUUGUUAUGCCGGCGUACCGUGUGCCAGCCUGCACUCCACCCCGCGGACAGUGCCCUGGGCUCGGGGGUUAGAUGGUGCUGAUCACGGACGACAGGGAUGGAGGAAGUGCCUCGUCGCUGCGCGUCAAACAGCUGCAGCAGCAGAAAAAAGUUGGGGGGAACUUCGGCCAUGUCCACCCGACGAUAACCGAGGAACCCCUGUCCAACUCCGAGGAGGACUACCUGGGGUCCUGCGAAGAGGACGGUGACGACGAAGACGGGAGCGAGGAAGACAGCGAUGAGUUCGAGGAGGUUGACUUUGAGGACUUGGAGGACUGUCGGAGCAUCGCCUCGGACGACUCUUUCUAUCCUCCGGAUGAUGUGUUCGCGGACUCGGAGCGCUCCCCGUCUCCGGAGAGCCCGGAGCCGCUGUCCUUUUUCAAGGCGUGCUGCACUAACAACGCGGCGAUUGUCCGGAUAAUGAUACGACAUGGUGUGAAGGAAGAGGAGAUCAAGGAGACUGACAGGAAUAACCGGAUAGGGCUGCUGGUGGCAUGUUACCAAGGAUUCGUGGACGUCGUCAUAGCGCUGUCUCAGUGUCCGUACCUGGACGUAAACUGGCAGGACAGCGAGGGAAACACGGCUCUCAUCACCGCAGCGCAAGCAGGCCACAUAACAAUCACCAACUAUUUGCUGAACUACUACUCUGGGCUGGACAUAGAGAGAAGAAAUUGUCAUGGCUUUACUGCCCUGAUGAAAGCUUCCAUGCAGGGCAGGGUGGAGUGUGUGCGCUCGCUCAUGAUGGCAGGAGCUUCCCUGAAUGCAAGGGACUUUGGUCGGAACCUGACUGCCAGGGAAUGGGCCUUGUUUACGGGUCGUUAUGAAACCGCCUGGUUGAUGACACGUCUUAUGGAGCGGCCCUAUCCCUUCCAGUACCGUGAUACAUACAGUCUAGAGUGGCCACCACUGGCGUCCCUGGUAGCCAGAGCCCAGGAACCCCGUGGCUGUCUGAAGCGCCUCUCAGACACUGUGCGCAACGUCUUCAACAUCGCAAAUGUCACCAACCCCGAGGAUGAAGGUGUUAUCGACCACCUGGUGUCUGUUACUACUGCCAUGAGAAGCCCUUUUAUUGCUGUGGCGUGUCGCACCGUGUGUCCCGACAGUCCUCCAAGUGUGGGCAAACGUCGCUACGCAGUCCCAGAGAUUGUCCGCAAGCAGCGUGCCAAAGAGCUCCUGUGCGCCAACCCCGACAGGGUGGACAGCCACCGCAAACUUUUCCAAAACUCACGGGUCACCCUGGUGGCAAAGAACUCAGAGGACCGCCGGUCGAGCCUUCAAGUCCAUAGAGUGGUGCCUCGACACAGGAGCUCCAGCCUGGGCAUGGUCUCUCACACGCAGGCCCUGGAGUUGCGGAGAACCAGCCUGCUGCCACUGCACAUGGUGCUGAGGAGGAGCAGCGUCAGGCCAGGGUUAAGCAUCCCCAAGGUGAGGAUUUCAAAGGCCCCCUCUACCACCUAUGAACCGGAACCGGUUAGGAGGAAAAGCAGCGCCAAAGACGGAGGGGGGAACCUGCUGCAGAUCCCCAAGUGGCGCUACAAGGAGCUGAAAGAAGAGAGAAGGAAGGCUGAGGAAGCGGAGAGAAAAAGGCUGGAGGCUGUUACUAGGAGACACAUCGCAGCUGGGAAAAGGAAAUAAUACAAUUACCUCAGGGAAGCUUCUUUUCAAUCCUCACAACAACAACACCUGGACAGGUCAUGAAGCUAGAAAGAUUUGGAUGGAAUAUUUUGAACAAACACAUUAUACAUAGAGACACUUUACUUAAACACUACUUUGAGAGCUUUAUUGUGGCCAGAGACUCACCCAGCAGACCUGGUACAUUAACUUGUGCUUAGAUAAUUUAUUUUGUAAUAUUUAUUGCUUUCAAAUGGACGGCCAACACUUUGUUUUGAUGAGUUGUUGAGUUGUCGCAUCAGCAAUGCACUUUUAGUUUUUAGCCUCUAGAACAAAUUACAUGAAGAGACAUUCAAUCCUACCGCAGAAACACGUUCAUCUCUUCCUGCCUCGAAAGAGGAAUCACCUGGAUGGCAAUAUUCUGGAAGCAUGUCUUUGAAACAUUUACGGAUAAGCGUCUUGUGUCGGCUGAGAAAUUUAAACACAAAUACAAGGACCUAAAUGCAUUUGCAGGAUAUAUAUAUAUAUUUUUAGAAUGCUUAUUGCUUUAAAGCCUUAGUCUGAAUGUAUUUUGAAUACAUACAUAUAUAUUUUGUACUAGAGAUAUGAUUGCUUUUGAAGGUAUUUUUAUUCAAUGCGGACAUUGUUUUGCAUACGUGUUUUCUAGAGUCCAAGGCAGAAUUAUUGGAAAAAAAACUUUAAAGCAAUAAAAUCAGAUAAAACAUUCAAAUAUUCACCACAUGUUUACAAGACAAAACCAAAUUUAUGUUUCAGAUAAACUAUUAUGCAAUGAGAGAUAUGUGACGUUGGGGUAUGCAGGGUAUGGAUGAUGUGAAAUAAACAUUUUUUGCUCACCAUGAUUGAAUCAAAUGUGUUGCAAUUGAAAGUAAGAAACCUUUUAUGUCAACAGCAGUGCUGUUUUGCCUACUUAUAGAUAGUUAAACAGAACUUAAUCACAAUACAGAGAGUGUCAAAAAAGUAACAUACAGUCAUUAUGGACAUGACUGUGAAGUUAUCUAAAUUAGUUCAGAUACACUUGACCUUCAGGCUUGUUCCAUCAUUUUUCCAUUUGGCUUAAUACAAGAGUUUAAAAAGCUCAUUUUAGCCUGCUUUAUCUAUUUCAGAUCAGUUCACUGUUUUGGAUCAUUGAACUGUUGAAACAACCAGAUGUAUUCCAAUUUCAAUCUGAUUGCACCUCUCUGACUCAGUUGAUGUAAAGUUGAAGAAUUAGUCCAGCUUUUUCAUAAGUCCACCUUUAGCAUGAUGAUACCACCACUAUGCUUAACUGUUGGUACACAGUUAUUACAUAGUUCUUUUUUUAAAGUUUAACCUCUGUUGAACCAUCUUUCUGUUAUUGUGUCCAAUCAGCUGAACUGUCCAUCCUGACCAUAACCUGACCAUUUUUCUCCAGAUUUGGCUAGUCCAUGUGAGUAGCAACAUAAAAAAUGUUUUGUUCUGCAGCCUUUCAGUGUUGUUGUAAAACCUGAACACCAUUCUGCAUACUUAUGAACUAUGCUAAAGAUGGCAUCCGGACCAGAAAACUAAGCAAUUUUAAUAAGCUCUAUCAUUUGUUACAAGAAGAGUGGUCAAAUAUCCAGCUAGACUCAUGCCAGGACCUUCAGUAAAAGCCAGCUUUCUACUCACUGUGCUAAAUGGCAUUUAAACCAAGUACGUAUCUGUUAGAGCCAACAUGUAAAAUUCUGGAAAUGUUGAAAUUAUCUAAAAUUAGCAGCCGAGUCUUUGUUAGUAUCAACCUGAGCCGUUUCUGACAAAUUGAGCUUCUGAUUUAAACCAGACAAGCCAUUGAACCGCAUGAGGUCACUUUGCUGCUUGAACUUUAAAACAGUUAGAAUAAUGGGGCAAAAAUAAGCUUGAUUUAAGCACACAGAGCUGCAAUAUAACAUCGGCUGGAAUUCUGAGAGCACAAUUUCACGGUCCUUACUCCUCACGGCGAUUGCGGUUUAAGUGCCAUCCAAGAGUGUGUGUCUAAUAUACAUGGUGAUGAGUUGCUAAGGGGUUACAAGGGUUCUGCACGGCCAAACGUUUUCAUCAAACAAAAUUCAUUGAAUUCAGAGUGGCAAUGUGCUUAGACACUGCCCAAAGGAAAUCAGCUGAACAAGACAAAAGAUGAGCAGACAGCACAUUUCAGGAUUAACGAAAUCCAUAAAAGUAAUGCUGUGUGCUGAAAUAUACACUCUGUGCUACUGUGGACGGUAAUCACAAGUUAUUUUGACAUGCAGAACUUCAACUGACGGUGAACUAAAGCGACAUUCAUUUGCAGAUGAACUCUGAUACGCUUAUUGUUAUUUCAUCUGGCUUUACCGUGACUUCCACUUUUUAUUUAGUAUAAUGCAGAGAAAUAAACUGAUUCACACGUUAGUGAGCGAGACAAAACCUAUUAGCCGCUGAAUGCAUUGGAUAAUAUUUAGGUCAUCGUGUCUCAAACAGCUGUUGGCUUAGAUUCCAGCCUGGGAUUAUAAAGCGUCACUGGCUUGGUCAGCAAUCCAUCUCUAGCCCUCCGUGCAGCCCCUCCUCUUAUUCCCACUCUCCCACUUUAACCCAAAUCUCUCAGUGAAAUUUAGAUGCAGCAAAAUAACCUUCCUGUCAGUGUGUGACAGCUGUUAUGUCACACUGUGGUGAUUCAGGCUGUGACCUGAUUUUACUGUGGUUGGACACAAACUGAUCGCUUUUGUCCAGGCUUCAAAACUCAGAGGGGGAAUCCUUUGCUAGCGCCCUCUGCUGGGUUGUAUAUAUAUAUAUAUAUGUAUAUAUAUAUAUAUAAUUUUAUUAUUCUUAAAGGAGAAUCACAAAUGCCUUUUAAAUGUAUUCAUACUAUUUCAAUUGUCCCAUGUCUUGCCAUGUUGUGUGAUAAACCAACACAACAUUGUGCAUAAUUGUCCAGACACAAAUCCACUUGGAAGACUAGAGAAUAGAGUUUUUUUCAAGUAUUUCUGAUCCAAAGUGACUCAACUUGUGCAUUUUUAAAAAUUCAGACAUACAUUUUAGUUUCUAGAUGUGCAGAACUGGUAGAGAGAGAGAGAGAGAGAGAGAACCAGGACAUGACUUAAAGCUGUAAUAACAGGGAAACAUAGCUCUACAAAAUAUUGUUUCAUGGGGACAGAAAGCAACACACAAUCUAAGCCACAUUUCUGAGAUUUACAUUUGUAAAAUACAUUGUGUAUCCUUUGCUUUUUACUUUGUAAGCACACCAUUUUGUGUUGCUUUCUCGGAUAAAAAAUCCCAAAUGAAGUUUGUGGUAAUAAACUGAUAAAAUGAAAGAAGUCAUGUGGUAUGAAUAAUUUCACAAGGAGCUGUUGUGCGUCUAUCAGAAAGGCUGAUUUCAAAUAACUAUUUUUGAACCAAGCAUUUUCUUUGCUUAUAUACAACGAUUGCUGUCAGUUUCAAUCAAAUUAUAAAGAAUAAUGUAAACAUUCUUGUCUAAUUUUGAUAAACAUUUGAUGACUACAGAAAACAGAGAGAUGAUAAUAUAAAUCCACUGAGUUUAAUUAAAAAACAGUGAUGGAAGAGUGUUGAUUAAAUGUAGACUACCCAAUAAGAUAGCUUUCUUGUAAAAAAAAAAAAAAAAAAAGUAAAUUCUGCUUAUACUUGUAUUCAUUAUUAUUUAACCAAUUUUUUUUCUUUUAGCACAAACCGUAUUCGUUACAUCAAUCUGCCGAGGUUGCGAGGGUUGAAUAAUUGCUGCGAUGCAAUCAAAAAUGAAGUAGAUCUUUCCUAAUGAACAGUAUGAAUAAAUGAUUGUCUUAACAUUGCAAUCAGCAUGAAAAAUAGCAGAUUUAAAUUGUGUGCAUUGAGGGAAAUGUAGGCUGUGCUGAUAAAAAAAAAAAUGUGAAGGACACUUGGAUGAGUGCAGCUCUGAAAAGAAAAUCUUUCCCUUUGAGUUUUUUAAAAAUAAAUAAAAAAAUCCAACCUUGCACCUUCAUGAGCUAGUGCUGCAGCACUGGCCCGAAGCUGGGGAUAACACCGUGUCAGAUGGUUCUGGUUAAACUGGAGGCAAAAUGUCAUGAUAACUCUGACAUUUUAUCCCAGGUGCGUUAUCAAAGUAUCCACAAGCAAGAAAAAGUAAAAAUAAAAUAUGUGGAUCCGAGUGAAUAUCUUUGCUUCCACCUCUGCCAGCUGAUUGAGUAAACCCAAGCGCUGGUGGACAGAUUCCUGUCCAGAGAAGAGCAGCCUGGCCUGGCUGAAGCCAGUUUUAAUGUUCCUCAGGAACACAUGGCCAACAGUUGGUGAUGUAGACUCUGGACUAAUGUGAAAAAGUGGCUCUAAAUGAAAAUGACUCGGUGCUGAGGCUAACUUGAAUUACAUUUUGAGUUUGUAGCUUUUUCUUAAUAUUUUUUAAAGAGUCAGAAGGAAAAACUGACAUAACCUGCUUUCUUUGCUGACAAAUUUGUAAACAAUUUCAGCGGACAAAGACCUUAUAUUUAUUUGCACAAUUAAAUUCAAAUAUUCUGGGAGGACUUCAGGACCUUUCUAUAGUAUGAAUGUAAAUGUUAAGCCUGGUAAAAAAAACAACAAAAAAGCCCCUUGUUAUACACUUCACUUUGUACAGAGAGUCUGGAACCUCAGUUAUAGAGAAAUGAUUCCUUCCUGGAGGUGUGAAUUCUAUUUAAAUUUUACAUUUUACCCAGUCGCUAAUGUUUAGCCGUGCCGUAUUUAAUGCACCAGUUCAAGACUAUGAAGCUUACCCAAAAUUGUCUGCGACAUAAACAACCAUCUCUCACUGUGAAGAGAGAAGUGCCCAGCUGAACGAGACGGCUGUUAAUAUUAAUUCAUUAUUUGGAAGAGUGACCAAGAACGCUUAGCUCACUUUCUCCGCUGCCAUUGUGAAAACUACUACGAUUCUUAAACAGCACAGAAAAUAAAUGUCAUCAUUCACAGCUUCUUCUGUUCACUGAUCGGUCCGGUUGACAUUCUACCUGAGAAAUCCAGGUGAACGACAGAAAGCCCAGACGGAGCACUGAAGUGAGGCUCGUUGUUUUGUGCACAGGGCGAUUUCUGUAAUGCGGAGCAUACAUCUUUGCAUGCCUGUCGUCGUCCGACUCUUUUCUUCCAGUCAGCGUAAUAAGGUCUGGCAGAGGACGAGACAGUCAAGGAGAUUGGGUCUGCUUUAUUGGGGAGCUUCAGUGUGCAGAUCGAGGCUCGCCCCUCCCCCCCCCAGCCUGCACUGACUGCUUUAUUGGCCUAACAUAAGCUGACAGAACACCUGGUUGCAGAUGCUUGUGUAAAGAUGGAUUACAUGCACCAACACCUGGUGCACACUUUAUGUGUGUGCGUGUGUGUGUGUAUGGAGGGGAAAACAGCUCCAGGAGAGAUGAUUCUGUUUCAUUUCACAGCGCCACCUGAGCCCUUAUCCCCCAGUGCAGAGCGCUAAUUCACCACAGGACGCCCUGAUGCUCCAGGUGAGAAACCUGAGAUGAUGCAUCAAGUCGGAUGAGGUGGAGUUUUUCCUCAAGACCAAAUGCCCCAACUUUAUCCAACUGGAAAUUUUGUAAUGUGCUAAACAUCUGUGGCCUGAAUUGUGAAAAGUUUUCCCCAUGUUGCAGAUGAAUAAAAACCAGCUGAAGGUUUCAUUCAAGAUCUUCCAAACCUUUAUUUACUACGACAACCACACCUAACACCCAAGUCCACUUCAAUGACUCAAGAUUUUGACAUUUAAAGUGAUUCACUUAAAAAAAAA